AUGGCUCGGGGCGAGCACGCCGCUUGUGUUUUCCAUGGUCCCAAAAAUGGAGCUGUGCCUGUCGCCCGUCGUGAUGCGACGGGGGAUGCAAUGCGUCAACGAAUUGACCAUCUUGAGGACUUGGUAAAAAACUUAAUUGCAGAGCGCCACUUGGUUACACCCCCAAGCCACGAUACUAUAUACACACCGCAAAGUUCGACUGCCGGAGCUGGCCUUACACGCACUGCUACCACACCUGAAGCUCAAGAUGCUGUUGGGGUUGGAAAGACGGUUAUGGACGGUGUGCAUUCAGUCUACCUUGGCGGUGAUGACUGGUAUGUUGUGCUUCAAGAGAUUAAUGAACUCAAGCGGACUUGGAGUCAGGAACGAGAUGAUGACAACGAUUACGAUUUUCGUCCAACUCUAUCUCACACGGUCGAUGGAUCAAGUCUGCUUUUCAAUCAAGUCAAGCCUAUCGAACGAAUAGAAAUUCUCUCCACCAUACCGCCGAAGUCAGAGGUCGAUCGUUUGGUAUCACAAUUCUUUGAUCGCCAGGCCUUUCCUAUCGCCGUUCCACCUAUCCUCCAUGUGCCCACUUUUAUGCGCGAGUACAACGAGCACUGGAAAGACCCAUCUAAGACGAGUCCCAUAUGGUUAGGUCUUUUGUUUUCAAUUCUCGGUAUCACCAUGUUGGCAUACCAUCAAUAUGGAGAGCCGCCGGAAUUCGAAGGCAUUUCCGAGUCACUCUUUCAACUCUACCGAAUGCGGACGUCUCAGUGUCUUCUAAGCGGGGAUAUCGCCAAGUGCUUGCCAUAUACUGUUGAGACUUUACGUUUCAAUGCUACCGCUGAGUUGAAUAGAAAAGACGACAACCGUCGCGGCCUAUGGAUAAUGACAGGUGUUGUGGUCCGCACGGCAGUUAAUAUGGGCUACCAUCGCGAUCCCUCGCACUCUCCAGAUAUUUCCGCUUUGCAAGCUGAGUACCGACGCCGAAUUUGGCUUUCGGUGAUUAGUAUGGACGAUAUGGCCUCGUUCCUUGGAGGCUUCCCACGUACGAUGUCAGCCAUAUAUUCAAACACGAUGGAACCACGUAACCUUCAUGAUUGGGAGCUAUUUGAAGAUACCACAAUCAUACCCCCUUCACACCCACUCACGGAGCCUACCUCUACAACAUAUUUGAUCGUCAAGGGACGCUUGUUUCAUGCUUUAGGCCGUAUCGCCGAUUUCAACAGCACUCCAAAUGCUGGCUCGUAUGAGACUAUGCUUGAGAUUGAUCAUGUCGUGUAUGAGGCGUAUCAGAACUUUCCCUCGCACAUGAAAGUGGCCGAUAUCGGUGAUACCAGCAAUCCUGUCGGAGGUUUAGCCAGUUUUUCUAACCUGAGCCUCCUUGGUAUGUACCAUAAAGGCAUGUGCACCUUGCAUCGCCGAUUCCUAGGCAUCGGAAGAAACGACGAUCGCUUCAGAUUCUCUCACCAUCGAUGCAUCUCUUCUGCACUGGCAUUGUUGACCUAUCAACAAGGUUUGGAAUCGUCUUUCUAUAAGCUCUCAGAAACGCGUCAGAUGCUAGCACUUGGCGCAAUGGUAUUAUUCCUCGAGCUUGAAUUAAGACGAAAAGCUCCCGAAACAGAUGCUUCCCCGGAUGAUGUAUAUCUCCUCCAGGCCUUGGACAAAUCCUGCAACCUAUGGGCGGGCGUAACAGAGUAUUUACUAACUCCGGUAUACGUAAUAGACACUUGCGAAGAGGCGCGAAAAUUUCACUUAUUCCUUGCCAGUAUGCUUUCAAGAUUUCGUGAUGGAACCAACUCCAGUCCCGAAAAUCUGCCAACAAUAGUAUCGGAGACACCAUUCCAGUUUCCUGGGCUCAGUCCCCAAUACCAUCAAUCUAAUUUGGGAUUCGUGGUCGACAAAUACCCGGUUGAUGUUGACUUCGAUUGGGCUACUUGGGAUACGUUCAUUGAAGACAAUAGUUAUGAGACAGGUCCUAUCUAUUAA